AUGGCACCCGGCCUGAUCCUCAAGGUCAUGUUGCUGGACAAACAACGACACAAGAUAUACAGAGAGCAGGUGAACCUCACUUCCCUGGACCCCCCUGUGCAGCUCCGACUCGAGGCCAGCUGGCUCCAGUUCCACCUGGGAAUCAGCCGCCACGGGCUGUACUCCCGGUCCAGUCCUGUCGUCAGCGAACUGCUCCGCGACAUGAGGCACUUUCCCACCAUCAGUGCUGAUUACAGUCAGGACGAGAAAGCCUUGCUUGGGGCGUGUGACUGCACCCAGAUUGUGAAGCCCAGUGGGGUCCACCUCAAGCUGGUUCUGAGGUUCUCGGACUUCGGGAAGGCCAUGUUCAAACCCAUGAGACAGCAACGAGAGGAAGAGACGCCCGCCGACUUCUUCUACUUCAUUGACUUCCAGAGACACAAUGCCGAGAUUGCAGCUUUCCACCUGGACAGGAUCCUGGACUUCCGACGGGUGCCACCAACAGUGGGGAGGCUAGUCAAUGUCACCAAGGAAAUCCUAGAGGUCACCAAGAAUGAAAUCCUGCAGAGUGUUUUCUUUGUCUCUCCAGCCAGUAACAUGUGCUUCUUCGCCAAGUGUCCAUACAUGUGCAAGACGGAGUACGCCGUCUGUGGCAACCCCCACCUGCUAGAGGGCUCUCUCUCCGCGUUCCUGCCGUCCCUCAACCUGGCCCCCAGACUGUCUGUGCCCAACCCCUGGAUCCGCUCCUACUCGCUGGCCGGAAAAGAGGAGUGGGAGGUCAAUCCUCUGUACUGCGACACAGUGAAGCAGAUCUACCCGUACAACAGCAGCGACCGGUUGCUCAACGUCAUCGACAUGGCCAUCUUCGACUUCCUGAUCGGAAAUAUGGACCGUCACCAUUAUGAGAUGUUCACCAAAUUUGGAGAUGAUGGGUUCCUUAUUCACCUGGACAAUGCCAGAGGGUUUGGGCGACACUCCCAUGACGAAAUCUCCAUCCUCUCGCCUCUCUCCCAGUGCUGCAGGAUAAAAAGGAAAACACUCUUGCACCUGCAGCUGCUGGCCCAAGCUGACUACAGGCUCAGUGACGUGAUGCGGGAGUCACUGCUGGAGGACCAGCUCAGCCCCAUCCUCACAGAGCCCCACCUCCUCGCCCUGGACCGGAGGCUCCAGGUCAUCCUAAGGACCGUGGAGGGGUGCAUAGCGGCCCACGGAGAGCAGAGUGUCGUAGCCAGUGGCCCAGCAGAACAGGCAGCCCCAGACUCGGGCCAGGCUAACCUGACAAGGUAGGGGCUGAACGAGCCCAACUGCAGAAACGACACCUGCAGCCACGGUGGACUCGAGUGCGGACCUCUGCGUCCUCAUGUGCCCUGGACCAAGCUGGAGGCCCUGGGUUGUGAGCUCAGGGAGCAGGUAGGGCAUUGGGACGGUCCUCAAAGAGCCAAAGUGGGACCCUGGCCUGCCUUCCUGGUGCACGGUUUCUCGAGUGGACUGACUGCCCUGGCUCCGCAGACCACCUCCUGAGCCCACUGGGAAAUCUGGAUGAAUCCAAGGUCAGACUUGAAGGGUAUGGAAGCCUUAAUCCCAGAAGAGAGUAUUGUUACAAAUAAAAUAAAAGGACAUCAAGUGGACAUCUAA